CAACAAGAACUACCUUUUGUCAAGUGCACUCAGCAUCCCUGCGCGACUCAACAACACGCUAAGGAUCAGCUCAGCAAGGUAUUACUAAACCCUGACGCCCGCGUCUCGGAGGAUAAGAAGUCUACCGAGCUCAAGUUUAGUACCGACUUCAUGAAACAGUCUGAGAAAAUCGUCCCCAGCGUCAAGGCCAAGGAGACCCAGCAGGUCAUAGAGGCUCUUGCCCAGAAGGUAACCAGCAAGAACAGCAAUAUUGGUGUCGACGUCGAGGACAUCUCGGCCGUCAACAUCAACAACGAAACUUUCGUGGAGCGCAACUUCACCGCCAAUGAGAUUACGUAUUGCCGACAGGCUCCCAGCCCCCAAAUCUCCUUCGCCGGUCGGUGGAGUGCCAAGGAGGCCGUGUUCAAGUCACUGGGUGUUGCUAGCCAGGGAGCUAGCGCCGCUCUGAAGGAUAUUGAGAUCAUCAAGGGUGAAACUGGUGCUCCCACAGUUUCGCUCCAUGGCGAUGCUGCUGCUGCUGCCAAGAAGUCCGAUGUGAAGGAUAUCACCGUGUACAUCUCGCACUCUGACAGCCAGGCAAUUGCUGUUGCUGUUACCAGCUUUUAG